GAGAGGUUAGGGGAGAUGGUCAAUUUUGUAAGACGUUCUGGAGCGCAUCCAAGCCACAGCCCUAGGGAAAUGAGAGUCGCCUAGGGAGCGUUGUUCCUCUUCCCGUGAGUAUUCCUAAGAAACACCCAUGUGAUGCCAGGCAUCCAGUCUCUCUCUAAAGAUCUCAUACUCUGUGCUGUUUGGCUCUUUGGCCAGACUCUGUGGUCUCUUCCAUUAGCACAGUUGCAGCCCCUGAGAGAAGGUGCCAUGACCUUCACCUUCACAGCUCUGCUCUGUCUGGGUAAGAUUGGAAGAAGAGAAGGGGAUUACGGUCCACACAGCCAGGCUCUAGCCAAUCAGGAAACUCCGGGGUGUUUAAGUGGUUUCAGUGAAGUUGGAAGGCUUGCUUAUGUCAGCAUUAGGUGCAAAGUUCUGACAAGGGAUUCUCUUCUAGGGCUGAAUCUGGGCCAAGAGACCUCAGUGUUGGCAGGGAAUCCCUCCAAGCCAACCCUCAGUGUUCAGUCAGGACCAGUGGUUGCCAGAGGGAAGCAGGUAACCAUCUCAUGUAAGGUGACCACAGGGGCCCAGGAAUAUCGUCUUUACAAAGAGGGGGGUCCACAUCCCUGGCGCACACAGAACACAAUGGAGGUCACAAACAAGGCUGAGUUUUUGAUCCCAUCAAUGGAAAAACAAUAUGGAGGAAGAUAUCGAUGUUACUAUAAGACCCCUGUGGGAUGGUCAGUGCACAGUGACCCUCUGGAGCUCGUAGUGACAGGACUCUAUAGUAAACCCAGCCUCUCUGUCCAGCCCAGUGCUGUGGUGACCUCAGGAGAGACUGUUAUCCUUCAGUGUGGCUCACAGCUGAGUUUUAACAGGUUUGUUCUGACUAAGGAAGGAGAACAGAAGGCCUCCUUGAUCCUGGACUCAGUGUUUAUAAACUCGACUGGGCAAUUCCAGGGCUUGUUUCUUGUGGGCCCUGUGACCCCCAGCCAGAGGUGGAUAUUCAGAUGUUACGGCUAUUACGUCAUCAGUCCCCAGGUGUGGUCGGAACCCAGUGAUCCCUUGGAAAUACAUGUCUCAGAUACAGUUCAGCCUAUCUGGCCAUCACCAAACAUGUCAGACCCCCAGUCAGUCUCAAAGCCCCAGGAUUACACAAAGGAGAAUCUCGUCAGGAUGGGGGUAUCUGUCUUGGUCCUUGUACUCCUUGGCAUUCUGCUCUUUGAAGCUCAGCACAGCCAGAGACAGACCCAACACGCAGCCAGGAGAGAAAGUAGCACAUCUGUCAUGGUGGCAGAGACCUCGGAAUAAGUCUGAGGACUCACGUGGUUCUGUAAGAACAUCUGGGAAAUACAGUGGAGAACCGUUUUCAGAGAAUAUCUGGAGAGUAAAUGUGAUCUGAAUGCAGGGAAACAUUUGGAUGUUGUGGUGGAGAGGUCUUCUUCAGCAUAUCAUGAUGUUAUUUCUCCACCUAUAUCAGUGGUUCUCAAUCUGUGUCUUGCGACCCCUUUGGGAGACACAUAUCGGAUAUCUUGUGUAUCAGAUAUUCACAUUACAAUUCAUAACAGCAGCAAAAUUACAGUUAUGAAGUAGCAAAGAAAGUAAUUUUUAAAAAGGUUUAUUUAUUUAUUACAUAUACAGUGUUCUGUCUGCAUGCAUGCCUGCAGGCCAGAAGAGGAUACUAGAUCUCAUUACAGAUCGUUGUGAGCCACCCUGUGGUUGCUGGGAAUUGAACUCAGGACCUCUGGAAGAGCAGCCAGUGCUCUUAACCUCUGAGCCAUCUCUCCAGCUCCCAAGAAAGUGAUUUUAUGGUUCGGUGUCACCACAACAUGGGGAGCUGUAUUAAAGGGUCACAGCAUUACAAAGGUGGAGAACCAUUGGUCUAGAUGUAUACUUUAGCUGACUAUCUCCUAUCUCUUCACAUCUCCAGUGAUUCGGGGGAGGGAUAACUCUGUCCUGUAAAUUGGGUUUGGGUCACCACCCUUGUGUAGCUUCUGUUUUUCCUCCCUUUCAUGUAACAUUUUCCUUUGUGUUUUUGUGUUUCGAGACAGGGUUUCUCUGUGUAGUUUUGCGUCUUUCCUGGAACUCACUUUGUAGACCAGGCUGGCCUCGAACUCACAGAGAUCUGCCUGCCUCUGCCUCCCAAGUCCUGGGAUUAAAGGCGUGCACCACCACCGCCCGGCAACAUUUUCCUUUUUUUUAAAAGAUUUGUUUAUUUACUAUGUAUACAGUGUUCUGCCUGCAGGCCAGAAGAGGACACCAGAUCUCUUUACAGAUGGUUGUGAGCCACCAUGUGGUUGCUGGGAAACGAACUCAGGACCUCUGGAAGAGCAGUCAGUGCUCUUAACCUCUGAGCCAUCUCUCCAGCUCCCAUUUUCCUUUUUCAGAUGCUACCACAUUCCCCACCUGCAUCAUGAGCUUUCAUCUUCUCUAAUGAGUACCGAGAACUUGGCUGAAGUAGCAAAAAUCAUGCUCAAAAAUCACAGUCCAAAGUGGACAACAAGAUUGGAAUGCAUGUGGUCUCUUGAAACCUAGGCUUUCAACACAUACUCUUCGUGUAGUUUUCUUGAAACAUGGAGGCUUGCAGUCAACACGCUUGUAUUUGAAGAAACUCUCUGGUGUGGUACUGCUGACAUGGCUCUGAAAAUACAAUUUUUCUUAAUAAUAAUUAAAGAAGAGGCCAUGAAUUUGAUAGAGUGUGGGGAUACAUGGGAGGAGUUGGAGGAGAAAGAUGGAGGGGUGUAAAUGUUGUAAAUACAGUACUCAUAUAAUAAAUUUGGGAAAAAAUUAAAUAACUCCUCCCACAAUCCUGGUGCACACAGCCUUGCCUAAUUAUUGGCUAUAAUUACAGUAGCCACUUUAUAGGCAACUUCAUAAUACCAACUGAAUAUCAUUUAUUUGGAGUUUAGAAUUGAUGUAUGAAACAGAUAUAUUUUUUAACUUAAUUAUUUUUGUUCAUUUUACAUACCAACCCUCCUCCUUCCCCUCCUCCUGUUUUUUCUCCACCUCCCCCAAUCUACCCCCAUCCACUCCUCAGAAAGGUUAAGGCCUCCUAUAGGGAGUCAACAAGGCCUGGCACAUUCAGUUGAGGCAGGGCCAAGACCCCCACCCCCAUCAAGGCUGAGCAAGACAUCCCACCGUAUGGAAUGAGCUUCAAAAAGUCAGCUCAUGUACCAGGGAUAGACUCUUGUCCCACUACCAGGGGUCCCACAAACAGACCAGGCAACAAAACUGUCACCCACAUGCAGAGGUACUAGUUCAAUCCCAUGCAGGCUCCACAGCUGUUGGUCUGGUGUCUGUGAGCUCCCACAAGUUUGGGUCAUCUGUCUCUGUGGAUUUCCCCAUCAUGAUCUUGACUGCCCCUUGCUCCUAUAAUCCCUCUUCCCUCUUAUGGACUGGACUCCCACCGUAGCUCAGCCUGGUGCUUGGAUGUGGGUCUCUUCAUCUGCUUCCAGCAGUUACUGGAUGGUUCACUUUGUGCAAUUGAUGCAUGCAAUUAGAGUUUUUUUUCUCCAGGUCCCACCAAGCCCCGACAGUCCCAUAGCCCACUUAUAAAAUAAACAUACAGACGCUUAUAUUAUUUAAACUGCUCGGCUAUUAGCUCAGGCUUACCAUUGUCUAGCUCUUACUCUUAUACUCAGCCCAUUUCUGUUAAUCUAUACAUUGCCACGUGUUCUGUGGCUUUACCUGUUGUCUUUACAUCAUGCUCCCUGGACAGCAGGCUGGCAUCUCCUCCUCCCUGCCUUCCUGUUCUCUCAAUUCUCCUCUCUCCUAGUCUUGCCUAUACUUCCUGCCUGGCUACUGGCCAAUCAGUGUUUUAUUUAUCAAUCAAUCACAGCAGAUGCAGGCAGUGUCUGUGUUGAAACAGAUGUAUUUUUAAACUUAAAAUUCCAUUGUUCACUGCUAGUAUUUAUAAAAGCAGCUGGCGUGUAAAUGAGUCAAUUGUGAGCCACUUUGCUAUAAAUGCUGAUUAGUUCCAUGAAGUCAUUUUUGAAAAAUAAUUCAUUUCUGUGUUAUCUACAUUGAUACAAGCAAUUGUUCCUAAUAUGGGCCUUUAAUUUACUUACUGUCCUUAAUUAGUGUAAUAGUUAGGAAUUCAAGCACAAAGCUGAGCAACCUAUGAAGAGAAGGUAUAUUGCUGCCUUUUUCCUGAUUUAAAAUGAGAUUUUAUGCUUCUUAUUGUUAAAUGUAAUGUUAGUUUCAGCCUUAGUGUAUUAUCUUAUUCAGAUGGAAAAACUUCUCUAUUCCUAAUUUUCUAUGACUAUUUGUAAUGAAUGGGUGUGAGAAAUUGACAUUUCUUUAUCUACAUGAAUGCCUUCAUCAUAUAUGUUAUUUUUUCCUUUUUGAUGUAAUGGAUGAUACUAACUUCUGAAUGACCCAGAUUUACAAGCCUGUGUAAAUGCAUUGUUCAUGGUGUAUAAAUCUUUUGCAUAUAGUGGA